AUGAAAAGCCUAGUUUCCUUCAUCGCACUUCUGCUUACAUUUACAACUGUCCUCUCCAAGCAAAUCAGCUACAAUAACUGCACAGGUGAAGAGCUUGGAGAGAUAUUGUCCAUUGACAUAACACCGUGUGAUGAAGAACCUUGUGUCCUCAAGCGCGGAGGUAACGAAACAGUAACCAUAAACUUCAUUCCACACGAAGCUGUGACGGCGGCAAAGAUCUAUGCCUAUGCUAUAUUUGGUUUAAUACCAGUUCCCCUGCCAUUGCCGGAUCCUGAUGCUUGUCAAGGGCAUGGACUGACAUGUCCACUGAAGAGUCGGGAAGCUGUUGAGUUUGUAUACACCCAGUACAUUUCUGGGGACUUUCCAGUUGGACAGUUAAAGAUCAAAGCAGAGAUAAAGGACCAGAACGAUAAAUCCAUCAUCUGCGGUAUUGUUAACUUGCAAAUAUCUUGA